AUGCCUGAUGCUUCUUAUCGACAACUGAGUACGGCGUACCAAAGAAAAGCAUCUAACUUGAAUAGCAAUCUCGAUGAAUCUCAAAGUUAUGCUGAUGGUUUGAAGCGAGACGAUCCAAGUCGUAAUCCAGCGUUAUCUGUUGAGAAACCGGAGAAUGCCGGCCCCGCGCCGGCCAAACCAAUACAGAUUAGUACGGAUGCUGAUAGCAUAGAAAAAAAGAAUUUGCAGAAGAAUCUGCCAGCACCGCCCCUCGCACCUAUGAAUAUCGAUAUCAAUGCGGAGGAUUUUCCAGCGACAAAG